AGCCGAGCAGGGCCUUGAUUGUUGUUCCUCUCUCCCCUCCACACCCUUCCCCACCCCGGCCACACCCCACACCCCUACACCACCCUGCUCCCCCUCCCAUCCCCCACCCCUGUCUGCCAGGUUGGAGGAGGGUUUAAAGCCAGGUGCGCGGAGUCAGCUCGCCAUGUCCAGAUCCGGGGACAGGACCUCCACCUUCGACCCCAGCCACAGUGACAACCUGCUGCACGGCCUCAACCUGCUGUGGAGGAAGCAGCUGUUUUGCGACGUGACCCUGACGGCCCAGGGCCAACAGUUCCACUGCCACAAGGCCGUGCUGGCCUCCUGCUCGCAGUACUUCCGAUCACUCUUCUCCAGCCACCCCCCUCUCGGGGGAGGGGUCGGCGGCCAGGACGGCCUGGGGGCCCCCAAGGACCAGCAGCAGCAGCCGCCGCAGCAGCAGCCUCCACAGCAGCAGCAGCAGCCACCACAGGAGGAGCCCGGGACUCCUUCCUCCUCCCCCGACGACAAGCUGCUGACCAGUCCCCGAGCCAUCAACAACCUAGUGCUGCAGGGCUGCUCGUCCAUAGGGCUGCGCCUGGUGCUUGAAUACCUCUACACAGCCAACGUGACCCUCUCCCUGGACACCGUGGAGGAGGUGCUGUCGGUCAGCAAGAUUCUGCACAUCCCUCAGGUUACCAAGCUCUGCGUUCAGUUCCUCAACGACCAGAUCUCGGUGCAGAACUACAAGCAGGUGUGCAAGAUCGCCGCACUGCACGGCCUGGAGGAGACCAAGAAGCUGGCCAACAAGUACCUGGUGGAGGAUGUGCUGUUGCUUAACUUCGAGGAGAUGCGUGCCCUGCUGGACUCGUUGCCGCCCCCCGUGGAGUCGGAGCUGGCACUUUUCCAGAUGUCCGUGCUGUGGCUGGAGCACGACCGUGAGACCCGCAUGCAGUAUGCGCCCGACCUCAUGAAGCGCCUCCGUUUCGCGCUCAUCCCCGCCCCGGAGCUGGUGGAGCGGGUCCAGUCCGUGGAUUUCAUGCGCACCGACCCGGUCUGCCAGAAGCUGCUGCUGGACGCCAUGAAUUACCACCUGAUGCCCUUCAGGCAGCACUGCAGGCAGAGCCUGGCCAGCAGAAUUCGCUCUAACAAGAAAAUGCUGCUGUUGGUUGGAGGGUUGCCUCCCGGACCGGACCGGCUCCCCAGCAAUUUGGUUCAGUAUUAUGAUGACGAAAAGAAGACAUGGAAAAUACUCACAAUUAUGCCUUACAACAGUGCCCACCACUGCGUUGUAGAGGUAGAAAACUUCCUGUUCGUGUUGGGUGGAGAGGACCAAUGGAAUCCAAAUGGAAAACACAGCACAAAUUUUGUCAGCCGGUAUGAUCCCCGUUUUAAUAGUUGGAUCCAACUCCCACCCAUGCAGGAAAGAAGAGCCAGUUUCUACGCAUGCCGCUUGGACAAGCAUUUAUACGUGAUUGGCGGGAGGAAUGAAACCGGCUACCUGUCCAGUGUGGAGUGCUACAACCUGGACACAAACGAGUGGCGAUACGUGUCCUCUUUGCCUCAGCCUCUGGCAGCCCAUGCAGGAGCAGUGCACAAUGGAAAAAUAUAUAUUUCAGGGGGUGUGCACAACGGAGAGUAUGUGCCAUGGUUGUAUUGCUAUGACCCUGUCAUGGAUGUCUGGGCCCGAAAACAAGACAUGAACACAAAACGUGCCAUCCACACUUUGGCUGUGAUGAAUGAUCGCUUAUAUGCAAUCGGAGGGAAUCAUUUGAAAGGUUUCUCCCAUCUUGAUGUCAUGCUUGUGGAAUGCUAUGACCCAAAAGGUGACCAGUGGAAUAUUCUCCAAACCCCCAUCCUGGAGGGUCGAAGUGGCCCUGGCUGUGCGGUGCUCGAUGACAGCAUUUAUCUGGUGGGAGGCUACAGCUGGAGUAUGGGUGCCUACAAGUCCUCUACAAUCUGCUAUUGUCCAGAAAAGGGAACGUGGACUGAACUGGAAGGCGAUGUGGCUGAACCCCUGGCAGGCCCAGCCUGUGCAACAGUCAUCCUACCAGCCUGUGUACCCUACAAUAAAUAACAGCAGGAUACCCUGGCACAAUGUCAGAUCUAGGAUGCAGUGACAGGGGACGCUGCUGUCCUGCAUGAACCAUGCAUUCCAGUGGUACAACUGCCAAAAGCCACCUUUGCGUUCUGACUUAUAAGUAACUCCAGAGGAGAGAGACCUGUUCUUGAGCAGAGACUGUCAUCUGCAGCUCAGGUCACACUCAACUUACUGUGGUGACAGAAUCUUCCAUAUCAAACUGGUUUCAACUUGUUCUACCUUUAUACAAACUCACAUGGAGCUGAACUUUCAGAGAGAGAAGGUAAACCAUAGAAAACUGGCCCCAGAGACUUGAGAUCAGUAUUGUGCAUUGUGUCCUAACUGCAUGUGAUAGACGUUGACAUUUGGAGGCUAUUUUGUAUAGGAAUGAUUCCAAAUCUGACCCACCAGAAUGAUUACCCUGCAUUCCAGAAAUUGCCUCUUGAUUCUGUAUGUGUAGCGCUUGGCUUCUUCACCAACUCCAUAGGUAACACAGUAACCAAAACCCACAGGAGAUGGAAGAUGGGCAUCUUUGUUUCUACACCAUCAUAGUUUGUAUUCCUUCCAGCUCCCCGGAGAUGAGAGGAAAGAAAGUUGUCUCUUGGGCAGCUGGUUCUCUGCCA